AUGGCAGACGUUCACAGCAGAGUGAGGAGCAGUGCUGGCGGCGGUGUUGGCUGCACCCUCAGGCAGAGUGUGGAGCAGUACUGGCGGCGGUGUUGGCUGCACCCUCAGGCAGAGUGUGGAGCAGCGCUGGCGGCGGUGUUAGCUACCCUCAGGCAGAGUGUGGAGCAGCGCUGGCGGUGGUGUUGGCUGCACCCUCAGGCAGAGUGUGGAGCAGUGCUGGCGGCGGUGUUGGCUGCACCCUCAGGCAGAGUGUGGAGCAGCGCUGGCGGCGGUGUUAGCUACCCUCAGGCAGAGUGUGGAGCAGCGCUGGCGGUGGUGUUGGCUGCACCCUCAGGCAGAGUGUGGAGCAGUGCUGGCGGCGGUGUUGGCUGCACCCUCAGGCAGAGUGUGGAGCAGCGCUGGCGGCGGUGGCAGCGGGAACUCAGGAUGGUCCUUUUGGGGAAAGUGGGUGCAGGCAAGAGUGCAUCAGGCAACACUCUGCUUGGCACCUCCUACUUUUCCUCCAUACUUAGUGCCCGCCCAGUCACUCAGCAGUGUGAGGCUCAGAGUGUAAAUGUGGGUGGUAGGUGGCUCACAGUGGUGGACACUCCAGGACUGACUGCACAAAUAGUCACAGACACAGCUAAGAAAAAACUGCUUCAGUGCCUUCAGCUCUCAACUCCGGGCCCCAAUGUUUUCCUGUUUGUGAUCCGCCUGGACCGAUUCACCCAGGAGGAGCAAGGCGCAGUGCAGAGGGCGGUGGAGGUGUUUGGAUUAAGACUGUACAUGUUCACCAUCAUUCUCUUCACUUUAAAAGAUAGGUUAAAAAACAAGCCAGUUGAGGAAUACAUCAGCACCGCUGGAGAGAGUCUUCAGCAGCUGCUGCAGAAGUGUGGCAACAGGUACCAUGCCUUCAACAACAACAAUCCCUGUGAAGACAAUCAAGCGGAACAGCUUUUAGUGAAGGUGGACAGACUAGUAGAAGCCAACUGUGGCAGAUGGUACACCACCAAAGAUUGUGACCUAGACCCAGCAAGACUGAUGCAGCAAAAUGUAUACACUCAUACUGAGGACUCAGGCAGCCACAGUUUGGGAGCUACAGCCGAGGAUGUGGUGGGAAAGGAGGAAGACUUGCAUGUCAAAAUUCAAGACCUCGUCUGUAAAUUGAAUCUACAUGAUUUCUAUCCUCAUGAACUAACAACUGGGCGUGCACUAAAUAUAAGCAGGACUUCAAAUCACAGAGAAGAUCCAUUAUCAGAAAAAGACGUGGUCUCUGUGUAUCUAAAUAAAUUGUUCAGGUUGGAUUAUGGAGCCAGAUAUGUAACAUUUGCAAAGGAUUGUGUCACAGAUGAGAUAGAGAAAAACGUUGAUGAAGAUUUUAAUGAUUUCCUUUAUGAAGACAACAAACACAACAGCUGUGAAAAUAACCAGAUUCACCCAAUGGAUGUGCAGAUGGCAGUUUUCUACUGUGCUGACAGUUUCUUGAGUCAAAACAUGGUGAAAAAGCUCUCCUCCUGCCAGUACGCCCUGCCACUGAUGGUACCCAAUCCUACAUCUGCAGACAUUGAACUACCCCUUUGGACGUUUCAACAGAUCAAAAAGACUUGGAGGUCAGUUGAUGGCUGUGAAAUGGCAUUGCCAGUUUGUCAGCUGAAAACUCCAAUGGUGUUUUUCUGCAGACUGGGUUCUGUAGCAGCUUCUAAAUCUCAGCUGCUGAAUUCUCUGAUCAACCCAAAGCACGACACCUUCUUCCACAGGGACAGUCCGGGCAGCAGCAAGAGUCGGCUUCUCAUUAAUGGGUUGGUGGAGAUUGCUUGGUACUGUCCUGCAGGAAAUGCUGAUGAUCAUUUCAGUGAAUGCAUUGCAUUCUGCAAUCUUCAUGGUGAUGCUGUGGAGCACAGGAAGCAAACUGACUUUCUGACUGAACAAUCCACAGUUAACAUUGUCCUGAUGCAAAACAUGAAGCUUAACGAUGAAGCAAAGGAACUGUUACAGAAGCUUCACAGUUCUUCAAAACCUUUGAUCUGUGUUGUCUGUGAUCUACAAAAAGGUCCACUCAAAAUAGCAAAAGGGUACAAUGUCAAACUUGGACUCAAUGGCAGAAACAAGGCUCAGUUACAUAAGGAAAUGAUAACUGCUGUUGAAAUCUGUUUGCAAAAGUGUAACACUUUCAGUCUUGAAAAAAUCUCAGAAGUGGCCAAAUGCUCUGGGUUCAGAGUCAAUGAGUGCAACGAAACACUUAUCAGUAAACUAAAUCUUAGUGCUUUUUUUCCAAACAAAUUGACAGAUAAUGAUGUACUCAGCAUUAAGAUGGCUUCCUUUCAGAGUGAAGAUCCCCAGACAGAAAAGGACUUAGUGUCUUUGUACCUAUCUAAAUUAUUCACACUUGAUUACAGAUUUAGAUCUAUAACACUUAUAAAACUCAACACUACAAUUCAAGAAUGUGUUACAGAUGAGUCGGAAGACUUCUUUGAUUUUUUUUCAGAUUUCCAAUGUGAAGAGUAUGAAGAUACCUACAUUCACCCAAUGGAUAUACAGAUGGCAGUCUUCUACUGUGCAGACCGUUUUCUGAGGCAAAACAUGAUGACCAAACUCUCUUUCUGCCAGUACGCUCUGCCAAUUCUGGUACCCAGCCCUCUGUAUCCAGACAUUGAAUUCUCUCUUUGGACAUUUCGGCAGAUUAAGAAGACCUGGAAGUCUGUUGGUGAUUCCAGCAGAUCAUUACCAGUCUGUCAGGUUAAAGCUCCAAUGGUGUUUUUCUGCAGGCUGGGUUCUGUAUCAACUUCCAAAUCUCAGCUGCUGAAUUCUCUGAUCAACCAAAGACAUGACACCUUCUUCCACAGGGACAGUCAAGGCAGCAGCAAGAGUCGCAUCUUCAUGGAUGGGAUAGUGGAGAUUGCCUGGUACUGUCCUGCAGGAAACACAGAUGAUCAUUUCAGAGAGUGCACUGCUUUCUGCAAUCUUCAUGGUGAUGCUGUGGAGCACAGGAAGCAAACUGACUUUUUAACUGAACAAGCCACAGUUACCAUUGUACUGGUGCAAAAUAUGAAGCUUAAUGAUGAAGCAAAGGAGUUUUUAAAGAAGCUCUACAGUGAUUCUUCAAAGCAUUUGAUCUGUCUCAUCAAUGAUCUACAGAAAUCUCCACUUACAGUUUCAAGUGGUAAUAACAUCAAAAUUGGCCUUAAGGACAGAAACCAGGCAGAAUUACAUAAGGAACUGAUAGAAGCUGUCAGAAUGUGUUUACAGAAAUGUAAAUCAUCUCCCACUUUUAAUCUUGAGAAAAGCUCAGAACUGGCUAAACACUGUGGUUUCAGAGUUGAUGAAGACAGUGAAGACUGCCAGGAGGGAAAGAAUGCAGCUCUGAAGGUCAUGAAGCUGCUAAAAGGAGAAGACAUCUCACAAAUCAAAGCCAAGUUCCUGCCCUGUCAUGGGAAACUGUGGCAUGAGUGGAGCUGGAAGAACAAACUACUCUAUCAGUUGUAUGGUGAAGUUGAGCAGAUCAGGAUCCAGAUCCAGCUGGAAAUGCACUCAAUACGGGAUCAGCAACGAAAACAAACACUUGAUUUGAUUAAGGCUGUUCAUGUAAAUGUAAACUCAAUGAGCAUUACAGAGAAAGCGUACUUUGUGAAAUGGCUUGGGGUCUACCUAGAUGACUUAUUUUCAGAUCAGCUUUCAGAAGUUACUCAGCAGUAUUACAAGCAGCUGUCAGAAGUGUAUCUUUUGAAACAAAAAGGAAAAAUGACUGAAGAAAAACAGGAGCAGCUUGAAAGAUUAUCAGAGAAGGUUGAUUCAUUGACACUUGGCCUGGAGCACAUAGUGAGAGAAAUGGGUCAGCUAUACGAGGCCUGGUCUGCAAAGCCUGAAGAAAUGGAUGCUGAUGUUUCUGCUCUUCCUGCUCUGGCUGCAGAUCUCCUGAUCUCUGGAAAUCCACUGGAGCUGAUGGAUGGAGAUGCUGCUCAUGUUCCUCUGACCUGGAUAGAGUCUGUUCUAGAUAAGGUCAUUGAGAGACUGGGGGAUCAGAGAGUGUUUGUUCUGUCUGUUCUGGGUCUACAGAGCUCAGGAAAGUCUACCCUGCUGAACACCAUGUUUGGACUGCAGUUUGCAGUGAGUGCUGGCAGGUGCACCAGAGGAGCUUUCAUGCAGCUGAUCAGAGUGAAAGAAGAUGCUAAAGAAGAGCUGAAGAUUGACUAUAUUCUUGUAGUCGACACAGAAGGACUACAAUCUUUACAGUUGGUGAGCAAACAGUCAGCACUCGCUCAUGACAAUGAACUGGCCACGUUUGUCACUGGUCUUGCAGAUUUGACCCUGAUAAACAUCUUUGGAGAAAAUCCAGCAGAAAUGCAGAACAUCAUUCAGAUAGUAGUUCAGGCUUUUCUAAGAAUGAAGAAAGUAAGACUGACACCCAGCUGCAUGUUUGUUCAUCAAAAUGCUACAGAUAUUAGUGCUGGAGAGAAGAACAUGGAGGGAAGAAGGCGACUGCAGGAAAAACUGGAUCAAAUGACUUGUUUGGCUGCAGCUGAAGAAGUGGUCAGUGCUGAGAGUUUUACCGAUGUGAUCAAAUUUGACAUACAGACAGAUGUGCAUUACUUUUCCCAGCUGUGGGAAGGCAAUCCCCCAAUGGCUCCCCCCAACCCACUAUACAGUGAAAAUGUUCAGAAGCUCAAACAGGCCAUUCUCAGAUCUGCAGCACAGAAGACUUUCAGUCUAAGAAUUUCAGAGUUCAAAGUUCACAUUAAAGACUUGUGGACUGCAGUGCUGAAUGAAGACUUUGUUUUCAGCUUCAAAAACACCCUUGAAAUAUCAGCAUACAGGAAACUGGAGGUCAUGUAUGGAAAAUGGACGUGGAAGCUCAGAGAAAAAAUGCUCCUCAUUCAGAACAGACUCCAAAACCAGAUUGAAAAUGGAAAGUUGGUACCUGUUGAUCAAAAACAGAUUCACGAAGAAAUGAGUGAUACUUUCUGCAGUGUAAAGAAAGAAAUGGAAACAUUCUUUACUGAAGAUAGAGAUGCUGAGAUCCUUUCUCAGUGGAAAGUGAGAACAGGACACAAAAUUGCAGACGUACAUGAUAGCCUUUGUAAAGCAACUGAAGUAAAAAUGAAUGAACUUUGUGAACUCAAGAAAACGUGUAAGAUGUUAGAUGACAGAAAAAGACAGUAUGAGAACGAGAUGUUCAAUAUGAGUAAAGUUCUGGCUUCUAGGUUGAAACACAAGGCUGCUGAUGAACAGGAGCUAAGACGAGACUUUGACACAAUGUGGGAGAAAUGGCUGUCAAAUCUGAAGAAAGAGGUUCCUCCAAUUAAAGAUGUUGACAUAGAGCAGGAAGUGAUGAAUAUACUGAGUUCAUUUUUUGAGAGAGGUGCAAUUUAUUCCAGCAAGCAGAGUGGUGAUUACAAGAAGAUUUAUGACAAGGUAACAUAUUCUGAGUAUGUAACAGUGAAGAAAAAGAUGAUUUUUUUGUCACAUAGUUUAAACAGUGAAGAUCACGAUUCAAUCCGGGAGCUGGUGCAGCAAACAGUGAGAAAAGCUGAGGAGAUCAUUAGAAACAAACCAGUGGCCAAAACGGGCUACAGUGACACUUAUACACAGGAGAUUCUGAACUGUGUUAUGGAGAAAGUCAAGGGGUUUGGAUCUAAGAAAUUCAGAUUAAGGAAUGAAUUCUCGGUGGAUCUCUCUCUGUAUAUCUGUGAUACUGCUGUAAAAAAGUUCACUGAGCUGCACAGGGUCUUCAGAGAAGCUAAUGACCCUCUGAUUUACCUGGAAAUGAUGAAAGAAGAUUUUUUCUCUGUGUUCAAGAUGCAGUUUCAAGGAGCAUCAGCCACCACUGUUUCGGAAGAGUUUCUCUUUUAA